AUGGAUGUGGUUUGGUUUGGUUUGGCUUUGGCUUUGGCUUUGGCUUUGGCUUUGGCUUUGGCUUUGGCUUUGGCUUUGGCUUUGGCUUUGGCUUUGGCUUUGGCUUUGGCUUUGGCUUUGGCUUUGGCUUUGGCUUUGGCUUUGGCUUUGGCUUUGGCUUUGGCUUUGGCUUUGGCUUUGGCUUUGGCUUUGGCUUUGGCUUUGGCUUUGGCUUUGGCUUUGGCUUUGGCUUUGGCUUUGGCUUUGGCUUUGGCUUUGGCUUUGGCUUUGGCUUUGGCUUUGGCUUUGGCUUUGGCUUUGGCUUUGGCUUUGGCUUUGGCUUUGGCUUUGGCUUUGGCUUUGGCUUUGGCUUUGGCUUUGGCUUUGGCUUUGGCUUUGGCUUUGGCUUUGGCUUUGGCUUGGCUUUGGCUUGGCAGGAUGUGA